GGAGAGAUGAUCCAUGUAUUGAACGGUAGAGGAUCCCAGCCCGACGUGAAAUCCCUGAGAAGUUUCAACGGUCAUUCGAGUUUCAACUUUGACGGGUGUCUCACGGCUUUUUGUGUUUUUUCCUUCAAAGCGAGAAGAGGAAUACCGUUCUGAUGGUAGCCACGUCGACCUUCUUGAUGCAACCUUUCCAAUUUCACGUACAAGAACUAUCGAGCCCGCCCUUUCUUUUGCUCGGCAACCACUUCUUUCCCGUCCCCGACCUUCUUCAAGAAUCUCUUGCUUCAAGAAAAGAACCUAAUCCUUCCCUUCGUCUCCACUUCUUUCUCCCUCCUCUCUCUCUCUCUGUUAUACUCCCCUCGCUUCCGAUGGCUCUUCCUCCUCCUCUUCUUGAUCUUCCAAGUUACCCACAACUCGACUGCGAUGGGUUCGACCUCCGACCAGGCCAUCCUCCUCCACGACGACCUCGACCUAGAGAUCAUCGCCGACAGCGGUGAUGGCAGCAACGUUGGCCAAACAAUGAAGAUGAUGUAUAGCAUCAUUGGAGAGGAGCUCAAAUCAACAAACAAUGACAAGGCUCAUCCGCAAGACUACUUAAAUUUUUACUGUCUUGGCAAACGAGAACUACCAAAUCAUAUCAUCCAUUCAACUACCCAAGUAUCAAAUGUGGUAGUUUUGUCUGAAAAGUAUGGUCGGUUCAUGAUUUAUGUCCAUGCAAAAGGGAUGGUAGUAGAUGAUGAAUAUGUGAUUUUGGGAUCCGCCAAUAUCAAUCAAAGAUCGCUGGAUGGUUCAAGAGAUACUGAAAUUGCUAUGGGUGCAUAUCAACCUUAUUAUACCUGGGAGUCAAAAAGAAUACAUCCACAGGGCCAGGUCUAUGGAUACAGGAUGUCGUUAUGGGCUGAGCAUCUUGGUGGGGUGGAUCCACUUUUUAAGGAGCCUCACAGUUUGGAUUGUGUAAAGUAUGUUAACAAGUUAGCUGAGGAGAACUGGAGCCGAUAUAAUGCCGAGGAUAUAAUUCCAUUGAAAGGCCAUCUUCUCAUGUAUCCUAUUAGUGUUGAUGCUGAUGGUAAAGUGGAGCCAUUGCCCGGCAAAGAAACCUUUCCUGAUGUUGGUGGUAAGGUUUUAGGAGAGCCUACUCCACUCCCAGAUGAGCUAACCAUGUGAUCCAAUGUUUUUCUUCCAAGCAGCCAAACUUUGACCAGUAAAUUCAGUCCCCACUUCUGCACAAAUAUUUUCUCGUACCUUUUCCAAUUUAAAGAUAACCUGUGGUAGAUGCUAACUGUAAAACAAAUGAUGGUGUCACAGUAUAACGUUGGGAGCAAUGUGUAAAGGCGAAGCAGCUUGGUUGUCACAGUCUGAUAUUGUUGCACCCAAUAAUUGUGUGAUUCUGGAUCGUCGAGGAAUCUCCAAUCGUUGAGGUUCUUCUAAGUGAUAGACUCCGAGAGAAAUGUAAUAAUUAGAAGUACCAGUGAUGCCUUGAUAAUCCAGUGCUAGGUACAGUUUGGUUUAUUAAAGUAUGGAUUAGUAGUAUCUCAAGAUGUCUGUUGGAUCAUAGAAAUUAUUAGCAAGAAUUCAGAUUGAUGGGUCCGUGUCAACAGCCAAGUUAUUUGAUUCUUAGGGAA